AUGUGGAAGAGACUGUUCACUACCAAUGCCGCUCCCGUCACGGCGAACCCCCGCGUGUUCUUCGAGGUGACUCGCGAGAACAAGCCUCUCGGCAGAAUCGUGAUGGAGCUCUACAAGGACAAGACGCCCAAGACCGCCGAGAACUUCAGGGCUCUCUGCACCGGCGAGAAGGGCGUGGGAUCGAUCGGCAAGCCCCUGCACUACAAGGGCUCCAUCUUCCAUCGCGUUAUCCCCAACUUCAUGAUCCAGGGUGGCGACUUCACCAACUUCAACGGCACUGGUGGCGAGUCCAUCUACGGAGCCAAGUUCGCCGACGAGAACUUCGUGAUGAAGCACGUUGAGCCUGGCACCUUGUCGAUGGCCAACGCUGGUCGUAACACCAACGGCUCGCAGUUCUUCAUCACCACCGUGCCCACUCCCUGGCUCGAUGGCCGCCACGUCGUGUUCGGCAAGGUCGUGGAGGGCAUGGACGUCGUCCAGAAGAUCGAGGCCGCCAGGAGGGACAGCAAUGACAGGCCCCUCGAGAUCAUCAAGAUCUCGGACUGCGGCGAGCUCAAGCAGUAG